AUGUCGGCAGCGGAUCCAUUGGUUGUGGCCCAUGUUCUACAAGAUGUGCUUGAUCCAUUUACAUCAACUGUUCCACUCAGGAUAGCUUACAACAAUAGGCUAGUCCUGGCAGGUGCUGAGCUAAGACCAUCUGCAAUUGUAAGCAAGCCACGAGUUGAUAUCAGUGGCAGUGACAUGAGAGUUCUCUACACCCUGAUAUUGGUGGAUCCAGACGCCCCAAGCCCAAGUCACCCAUCACUAAGGGAGUACUUGCACUGGAUGGUGUCAGACAUCCCUGCAACAACUGGUGCCAGCUUUGGCCAAGAGCUUGUAGUUUAUGAAAGACCAGAACCCAGAUCUGGUAUCCAUCGGAUGGUAUUUGUGCUGUUCCAGCAACUAGGCAGGGGUACAGUUUUUGCACCAGACGUGCGACACAACUUCAGCUGCAGGAACUUUGCACGGCAGCACCACCUCAAUAUCGUGGCUGUCUCAUAUUUCAACUGUCAAAGGGAAGGUGGAUCAGGUGGAAGAAGGUUUAGGCCAGAAAGUUCUCAAGGGAAGUAGAGAUUAGAUACUACAGAGUAAAGACCAUUGUAUGCUGCACCAUAGUGUUGCAUCACAAAUAAUGUGUAGCAUAUAGAAUACCCUGUAUCAUCUAAAUAUGCAGCAUUAUAUGCAUCUUCAGCUAUGAUGAGCUUGAUGGGAUAUAUCUCAGUCAUUUGUUAAUCAUCUGAUCACAGAGAGUAUUCUUGUGGGAAUACAAAAGAUAAACUCAGGCUUUUACAAUAUUAGUUAAGCUCAACUAGUUUAUAGUUCUGAGCACCUGCUUUGCAUUUCAACAAGUUCUAUUGAAUAAAUCAACACACUGUAAAUCAUCAAAGGUAUUUUUGAAAGAAAGCCCAAGAUAUUUUAGAGCCCACAAGUGGCAAAGUAAACCCCAAGGUAUGUCCAAUGUUCGCAUUAUUCCUUAUUCAAAGCAACAGGGGUGCUGGACAUUCACAUCAUUACAUCAAACACUUAAAAGUGAAAA